AUCACAUUGGGGUUAGAGGUCUCAACGGGUGGUAUCUUCAACGAGGGAAGGGGUGUGUGGCGAAGUAUAAAGAGACUCAUACACCUGAGGUGUAGAAAACCCUUUCCUCAACAACACCAAAUCUCUCUCUCUUUCUCUUUGGGGUUUGAGUACAAUUCAAACUCCAUUGCUUCUCUCUCUUCAUUAUAACCUACUGAUGCUCUUCUUCAUUCAUUAAUUCCCCCCAAUUAAACACAUCUCUCUUGCUCUUUUGAUUUCUCGGCGUCGUCGCCGCCGUUCAUCGGUGUUGUCGUCUCUCUGCCACUGCCAAGAUGGGCGGUGAUAAAGCGCUUAGUCUCGAAGAGAUUAAAAACGAGACUGUUGAUCUGGAAAAAGUACCAAUCGAGGAAGUGUUUGAACAACUGAAAUGUUCCCGCGAAGGUCUAAGCUCAGAUGAGGGAGCCUCAAGAAUUGAACUCUUUGGACCCAACAAACUCGAAGAGAAAAAUGAAAGCAAGUUACUCAAGUUUCUUGGGUUUAUGUGGAACCCACUCUCGUGGGUCAUGGAAGCCGCUGCAAUCAUGGCCAUCGCACUGGCUAACGGCGGUGGAAAACCACCAGAUUGGCAAGACUUCGUCGGAAUUGUUUGCCUUCUUGUCAUCAACUCAACCAUCAGUUUUAUCGAAGAAAACAACGCCGGAAAUGCCGCUGCUGCACUUAUGGCUGGUCUCGCCCCUAAAACCAAGGUUCUCAGGGAUGGUCGUUGGAGUGAACAAGAAGCUGCGAUUUUGGUUCCCGGAGAUAUCAUCAGUAUCAAAUUGGGAGACAUUGUUCCCGCAGAUGCUCGUCUUCUUGAAGGAGAUCCUUUAAAAAUUGACCAAUCUGCCCUUACCGGUGAAUCUCUUCCGGUGAACAAAAACCCUUACGAUGAGGUUUUCUCUGGUUCGACUUGCAAGCAAGGAGAAAUCGAAGCUGUUGUUAUCGCCACCGGUGUGCAUACUUUCUUCGGAAAAGCUGCACAUCUUGUCGACAGCACCAACCAAGUCGGCCAUUUCCAGAAAGUUCUUACAGCAAUCGGAAACUUCUGUAUCUGCUCUAUCGCAGUCGGAAUGGCAGUUGAAGUAGUCGUCAUGUAUCCAAUCCAGCACAGGCCUUACAGAAGCGGUAUCGACAAUCUCUUGGUUCUGUUGAUCGGUGGAAUCCCAAUUGCUAUGCCGACUGUUCUCUCCGUCACCAUGGCCAUCGGAUCACACAGGCUUUCACAGCAAGGUGCCAUCACCAAAAGAAUGACUGCGAUUGAAGAAAUGGCGGGAAUGGAUGUACUCUGCAGUGAUAAAACAGGGACACUUACACUUAACAAGCUUUCCGUGGAUAAGAAUUUGAUCGAGGUGUUUGCUAAAGGUGUCGAUAAGGAACAGGUGUUGCUUUUUGCUGCUAGGGCUUCAAGGACUGAAAACCAGGACGCCAUUGAUGCCGCCAUUGUUGGAACCCUAGCUGACCCCAAGGAGGCUCGAGCUGGGAUUAGAGAGGUUCACUUCUUUCCAUUCAACCCUGUUGACAAGAGGACAGCGUUGACUUACAUUGACGAACGUGGUGACUGGCAUAGAACAAGCAAAGGUGCUCCAGAACAGAUUUUGACCCUCUGUGGAUGCAAAGAAGAUAUGAAGAAGAAAGUUCAUGCCAUGAUUGAUAAAUUUGCUGAACGUGGGCUGCGAUCUUUGGCCGUUGCAAGACAGGAAGUCCCUGAAAAAUCAAAAGAUAGCCCUGGUGGUCCAUGGCAAUUUGUUGGAUUGUUGUCUCUGUUUGACCCACCAAGGCAUGACAGUGCUGAGACUAUUCGCAGAGCUCUUAAUCUUGGUGUAAACGUCAAGAUGAUCACUGGUGAUCAACUUGCCAUUGCUAAAGAAACUGGUAGACGUCUUGGAAUGGGAACAAACAUGUACCCGUCUUCUUCAUUGCUUGGUGGACACAAGGAUGCAGCCAUUGCAGCACUCCCCAUUGAAGAGUUGAUCGAAAAAGCCGAUGGAUUUGCCGGAGUUUUCCCUGAACAUAAGUAUGAGAUUGUGAAGAAGUUACAAGAAAGAAAGCAUAUCUGUGGAAUGACUGGAGAUGGUGUGAAUGAUGCCCCUGCUUUGAAGAAGGCGGACAUCGGAAUUGCUGUUGCUGAUGCUACAGAUGCUGCAAGAGGUGCUUCUGAUAUUGUGCUUACUGAACCUGGUCUCAGUGUUAUCAUCAGUGCAGUGCUCACCAGUCGAGCAAUUUUCCAAAGAAUGAAGAAUUACACCAUCUAUGCUGUGUCUAUCACCAUUCGUAUUGUGUUUGGGUUCAUGUUCAUCGCAUUGAUAUGGAAGUUUGAUUUCUCCCCCUUCAUGGUUCUGAUUAUCGCAAUCCUUAACGAUGGUACAAUCAUGACCAUCUCAAAGGAUCGUGUGAAACCAUCUCCAUUACCCGACAGCUGGAAGCUAAAAGAGAUCUUCGCCACUGGAAUCGUACUAGGAGGUUACCUAGCUUUAAUGACCGUCAUCUUCUUCUGGAUCAUGAGAGACACCGACUUCUUCACAAACACAUUUGGUGUGAGAUCGAUCAGAAACAGUGAGGUGGAGAUGAUGGCUGCUUUGUAUCUCCAAGUGAGUAUUGUGAGCCAGGCUCUAAUUUUCGUCACCCGUUCACGAAGCUGGUCGUUUAUCGAGCGCCCUGGUCUCUUACUAUUGGGCGCUUUCCUAGCAGCACAACUGGUGGCGACUCUUAUAGCAGUAUAUGCUGAGUGGCAAUUCGCGAGAAUCAAAGGAGUAGGGUGGGGAUGGGCAGGUGUCAUCUGGCUCUACAGCAUCGUCUUUUACUUCCCUCUCGACAUCAUGAAAUUUGCCAUCCGAUAUAUCCUUAGUGGGAAAGCAUGGCACAAUCUGCUUGACAACAAGACUGCUUUCACAUCGAAGAAGGAAUUCGGAAGAGAAGAGAGAGAGGCUCAAUGGGCUCUUGCUCAGAGGACGUUGCACGGACUUCAAGCACCCGAAGCUUCCAAUAUCUUCAACGAAAAGAGCAGCUACAGGGAACUCUCUGAAAUCGCUGAGCAAGCUAAAAGACGCGCUGAAGUUGCAAGGCUACGGGAAGUGCUGACGUUGAAGGGACACGUGGAAUCGGUGGUGAAGCUGAAGGGGCUGGAUAUUGAUACAAUCCAACAGCAUUACACAGUGUGAGAAAGAGAUGAUGAUGAGAAAAUUUGAAGUGGUCUUUUAGUUUUUUUUUUUCCUAAGUUAUUAUGAAAGAGACUACUAGUAGGUUCCGUUUGAUAAUUGGUCUGAAAACACGGGGGAAGGGAUAUAACCCCUCAAACUGUUUUUACUUGUUCUGUUUUCUUCCGGUGAAUUUCCAAGUGAGUAUUACUUGCUGCUUACCUUUACCUUGUAUGGUUGCUUUACUAUGGUUUUAAAAUAGAAACAAUGAAAGAGCCAUGUCAUGUAAAACUAAACAUCUCCCAUAACGUAGUUUCUGCUCUUGCUAAACUUUGCUUCUUCUUACUUGUUGCUAAUUUUGUUAAUCGAUGGAUGCAUUGUCUUCUUGUAAUGUACAAGUUCUAUAUGCAUACCCUUUUAUAUUGACAUGCUCAAUUGUGUGCUUAUAAUAUACAAGUUCAAUAUGCCGAAU